GUACUCAAAUAACGAAAAAUGUCAUUUUCAAAAUGGAAUAUGGCGUUUUGAACCACCUCAAGGAGUGGGGUGAUCUAAUGGUUAUCACACGAACCCUUUCUUUGCUGCAGGUUUACGUUGGCUAGGGUUCCAAGAACGCCACUUGGAUUUGAAACAAGGCUGUGAGCAGCAGCGCGCGGUCUUCAGGUGUCGACUCCACGGGGAAUUCCAGCACGAACGCCCGAGAAAACUCGUGUCCGUCGCUACCCACCAGCUGCAAAUACCCAACGAUGUCCCCAUGAGGGUCCAAAAUGUCAAAGAUGCCGUUGCGGGUGAUGGCGGUGCCCGCACAGCAGUUGUUGACGCGGCCGCAGCUGCAAAAGUUGGUGCGUAAGGUGAACCUGGUUUCGUACUUGUCGUAAGGGAGCAGGCGAUCAAUAUCCGUGUACGACGUGCAGAGGCAGCACAUUUGGUAGCAUCGCUUUAAGUACCCGUCAAAGUUUUCACGGACGCGACCAAAGCGCACAGGAUUCUGCUGCCCAGUUGUCGACUGCUGUCCAGUAGUCGUCGAUUGAUUAGGGGUGGUGCUGACGUCGAGAUGCAUGGGGCAACACCAGAACCCGCUGGUUCGGAAGUGCCGCUUGGCCAAGAACACGUCCCCACCGCCGUCGACCAUGAAGUGGAAUCGCAGUGGGCGUAAUUUGCGACAGCCAAACAUCGCCAGCAUGAUGUGCAGCCCCAGAGACGAUUCUUCGUGCACAACCAUGAACGACUCGAGAGUAUCCAGUUCAGCUGACGUGGGGGUCCACCCUACGUCGGCUUCGUCCGUGGGGUGUUUGCGGGCUUGCUUGUCGUGCGGCAGACGGUGGACUUUGUACGUCCCCUGCGGAGUGUACGGUAGUGAUGACGCACCACGGCCGCCAUCACUGGGGCGAGGGACAGUGGCGCUGACUUGAAGCCGCUGGUGAAUCACGAGGCCCCGGGCCUGUCCCAACUGUUGGUCGAUUGCGGCCGCCGUAUGAAGAUCCGACAUGUUGUUUUCUGGCGGGGGGGGGUAGUCU